AUUGGUGCUUUAGUAGGCUCCACUGUCAAAUUGAUUUUUCGCUGUUGGUCUCAUCUUUGUUGCUGCUUUCGCCGGUUUUGUUCCUAAAACGAAAAAAAUAAACAUUUCAGUUGACUAUCGCUUUAAUCCCAUCACAACGUAAACCCCGUAGAGAUGGAUGAAAGGCUCUAUGGAUCUUUGCCUCAUGCCCCCUCGGAAUACCUCCAACAAUGGGUUCAGUCAGCUCAGCAACAUCUGCAGACCCUUCAGGCUCAGUAUCCUCACAUGGCUAAUGGCAAUGCUGGUUUUAUGAUGGAGGGACCCAGAGAAGAUAAAGGCAUGCAGCAGAUGCCAGUGCACCCAGAGGAUGCGGCCCAACUGGAGCCUGCAAUAGCACAGAAAGCACCUGCUAAAGGAAAGCGAGGAAGGCCAGCGAGCAAAGAACCUAAAGCCAAAGGCGAACCUAAAGCCAAACCGGGACCUAAACCCAAGAAAGCUAAAGAGGAUAAGGAGGCCCCACCAGCUGAAGGACAGGAGAAGAUUGAUGGAACAUUUAAGAAAGUCAAGAGGAAAGUCGAUCGCUUUAAGGGCAUGUCAGAGGAGGAAGUCAUGAAAAAAACACUGCCUGACAUUCUUACCCCAAAUCUAGACUAUGUCAUUAUUGGAAUUAAUCCAGGGUUGAUGGCGGCCUUCAUUGGAAGAUGGUUCCCCGGACCAGGAAACCAUUUUUGGAAGUGUCUGUUCCUGUCUGGAUUCACAGAGAAGUUGCUAAAUCACAUGGAUGAUCAGAGUUUGCCUGAGAAAUACAGCAUCGGCUUCACAAAUAUGGUAGCUAGAGCCACCCCGGGAAGCAAAGAUCUCUCUAGCAAGGAACUUCGAGAAGGUGGUAAAAUCUUAGUGGAAAAGAUCAUGAAAUUCAAGCCACUCAUAGCAGUUUUUAACGGGAAAUGUAUUUAUGAAAUGUUCUGUAGGGAGAUAUUUGGGAAGAAGCCCAAAACACUUGAAUUUGGCCUACAACCUCAUAAGAUUCCUGACUCUGAGACGGCGUUGUACCUGAUGCCGUCCUCCAGUGCCCGCUGUGCUCAGUUUCCUCGUGCUCAGGACAAAGUGCAUUUUUACAUCAAGCUGAGAGAGCUCCGAGAUCAACUGAAGGGUGUGAUCAAACCAGUGGAGAUAGAAGAAGUGAAAUAUACCUUUGAUCUCAGCCUGGCCAAAGAGGAUGCUAAGAGAAUGGCCAUCAAGGAAGAGCAGUAUGAUCCUGGUUAUGAGGUAGCUUUCGGAGGAGCUUAUGGAGAACCGGCACCUGAAGGAGGCCAAAGCAAUGGAUAUUGUAACUUCUCCACAUCUGAGAAAACAGCUGACACAGCUGAGGAGGCGCCUGUGAAUCCAAAUGCGGUUGGCCAGGUUCAGGACGGUCAGUGGAUGAUGCAGUCUUUUGCCGAUCAGAUCCCAGACAUCGGCAGCUCCUCUCAAGCCCAAAACUGGGGUGUAUGAGGAAGGACAAAGGCUUCAGACGAAGCCUGUCGGUUCCUGUGCUCUUCCAGAGAUGCUGUGCCUCUUAUCUUCUCAGAAUUUAAUCCAGGAGUGUUCAUGGGCAUUGGUUUAUUUCUCCUUUGCGUUGCUGUGACAGUCUGUUACGUUAUAAUUUCAGGAACGAUUUGAGGAAUCGCUGUAUCACACAAGGUGGGCCAACUUGCACAAGAAGAAUCCAAUGGCUGCUGUGCUUUUAAAGAAACUGUACCUGUGAACUUUUCAAGGGCCUUUGAGAUCUCAAAUGCCUCUUUAUUAAAGAAAAGAACAGUUUUUACAUUGAAUUUCAAUUAGACCUUUUAGGAAUUAGCAUUUCUAUGGAAUUGGAGAAUAUACUUCUCUUUUACUUUAAUGGUUUAGAGUCAUUGACGUUAUUUUCAGUAGUUUAGUGUACGAGGUUCGGAGCACUGGUUUAUUGCAUUGUGUGAUAUCAGGGACUGAUUUACUUGAGUGUUCACUAUUUUUUCAUUUGAUUUCAUAUUUUUAGAUGGGAUGUAUUAUGUUUAAUUGUGUAGUAUUAUUUUAAGUGUAACUACCCACAUUUUUCAAAUUGUAUUUGCAAAAUCUGUAAGGAUAACUUUUAAGUAUUGUUUUGUUACUAUCAUAAUGUGACAAAUGCUUCCUUUGACAUGGACGCUGCAAUGAUGGUUUUAGGAACUUUUAUGAUGCCACUGCAAGACAGUCACAAUUACUGGUACAUUUGAAAUGUGUUUCUUAUGAGAAAGCAUGUGCAUCACUGUUCACAACCAUCUCUCUGCCUUCAGUACUGUAAAAUACAAUACAGUAUGACUGGUAAUACAAAUGAAACAAUCCUGAACAUGAUAUAAUUUAUGGAUUUAUCCACAUGCUCUCACCUGGUGCUAUUUUUACUCUUUCUGUAAACAUUAUCUUUUUUUUGUUCAUUAAAAUAUAAUUAUGAUA